AUGUCGCACAAGGGAAAGAAUAGCGCCAGCUCAGGCAAGGGCAAGAAGCCAGCCAAGUCUGGUGCCGAAAGCAAAGGCGAGGAUGUCUUGCAGGCGGUGAUUCUCGCCGACUCGUUUCAAGACAGAUUCAAACCAUUCACAGUCGACAAGCCACGAUGCCUUUUGCCACUGGGCAACACGCCGCUCAUCGAAUAUACCCUCGAGUUCCUGGCCAUGAACGGUGUCAACGAAGUCUACCUCUACUGCGGCGCCAAUACCGACGCUGUCGAGGAGCACAUUCAUCGCUCGCGGUGGUCCACGGCCUCCAAAUCUUCCCCCUUCUCCCUCAUCCAGUUUAUCCGCGUGGCCGACGCCCGCUCCGCCGGCGACGUGCUGCGCGACCUCGACACCCGCUCCCUCAUCGACGGCGACUUCAUCCUGGUCCACGGCGACCUCGUGUCCAAUAUUCUGCUCGACGACGUGCUCGCCGCACACCGCAAGCGCCGCGAGGAGAGCGCCUUCAACAUCAUGACCUGCGUGCUGCGUAGCGGCGGCCACGACGCGCACCGCACAAAGAUCAACGGCAUCACGCCCGUCUUCGUCGUCGACAACAGGACCCAGCGCUGCCUGCACUACGACGAGAUGAGCCCGCUCGGCGGCGACCACUACGCCCUGCUCGACCCGGCCAUCCCCGACGAGCUGUCGGCCGACUUUGACGUCCGCGCCGACCUGAUUGACGCGCAGGUGGAUAUCUGCACGCCCGAGGUGCUCGCGCUGUGGUCCGAGAGCUUCGACUACGAGCUGCCGCGCCGCAACUUCCUGCACGGCGUCCUCAAAGACUGGGAGCUCAACGGCAAGAUGAUCUACGCGCACAUUGUCGAGGACGGCUACGCGGCCCGCGCCAGCAACCUGCAAAUGUACGACUCCGUCAGCCGCGACGUCCUCGGCCGCUGGACGUUUCCCUUUAUCCCCGAGAACAAUCUCUCCCCGACAUCCACGUAUCACACACACUCCAACAACGUCGUCAUUGAGCAGAGCGCGUGCCACGCCUCGAGCGCGCGUUUGCGUCAUUCCAUCAUUGGCGCCAACACCAGCAUCGGCGCGGGCACCACCAUUACCAACUGUAUCAUUGGCAGCGAUUGCGUCAUUGGCGCGGGCGUCGUCCUCACAGACUCGUUCGUGUGGAAUGAAGUGUCAAUCGACGAGAACGCGACCAUCUCCCGAGCCAUUCUAGCCGACAACACCAAAGUCGGCAAGAGCGCUAUUAUCUCCCCCGGCGCUCUCCUCUCCUUUGGUGUGCAAAUUGGCGACAGCGUCAACGUCGCCGAAAACACCGUCAUAUCUACGCUCUCACCUCUCGGCAAGUCUGUCGCCUCGGACGCCGCCCUUGUCGGUGCCAGUGGCAUCGGUGCCGCCUUUGACGACCCGGAAAUCGACGAGCUCGAGGAUCACGACCCCGUACGCCUGCAGCAGUCGCUCAUCUACUCCAUGGCAGGCUUCAACGUCUCCACGUCCUCCAUCUCGACGCUCGCCUCCGAAGUGUACUCGAGCGACGGCAGCGAGGCCGCGUUUGGCGAAGAGCCCGACCCAGAGGCCGCCGGCAAGGAAUCGUUCCACGCCGACGCCGUCCACGGCCUGCUCGACGCGCUGCGCGCCGACUCGGGCGACUUUGACUCGGCCAAGCUCGAGUUCAUGGGCCUGCGCCUCGCCAACAAUGCGUCCGACGACAUGAUGCGCCGCGCCGUGGCGACGGCCUUUGCGCGCCGCGCCGCCGAGCUCGUCGUGCCGGGCGAGCACGGCAGCCCACUGGAGCCGAGCAAGGCAGCCGAGACGGCCCUCACGGCACGCGGCGGCGCCGUCAAGUUUGUCGACGAGGUUGGCGUCGGCGGCGGCGAGACAGAGCAGGUCGCCUUCAUCCUGGCCACGCAGACCGCGCUGUGCGAGGUGGCAACAACGAGCGUCGGUGCGGGCGGCGUCGACGCCGCCAAGGCCGGCACGGUGCUGGCGGCGCUCAUGCAGCAACUGUACGCGCUGGAUGUCCUUGAGGAAGACGGCAUCCUGGAGUGGUGGGAGGACGACCGCGCAGCUGACGGGGAGGGUAUGACGGCGCUCAGAGAUAAGUGCAGGGUGCUGGUGGAGUGGUUGGAGAAUGCAGAGGAGGAAGAUGACGAAGACAGCGAUGACGAUGAUGAUGAUGAUGAGUACUAA